AUGACUUGUGUAAACAGGUAUACAACUUCGUUUGCCUUCUUCGAGGCUUUAACAGAUGCAGGGGUGAAGCACUGUUUCGUCAACUUAGGCUCAGAUCAUCCGAGUAUUCUCGAAGCAAUGGUCAAAGGCCAACGAGAAAUGCCAGACAAAUUUCCACGCAUCAUCACGUGUCCUAAUGAAAUGGUUGCGUUGUCUAUGGCCGAUGGAUACGCAAGACAAAGUGGAGAGCCUCAAUGCGUCAUUAUUCAUGUUGACGUUGGCACAUCAGCUUUGGGAGCUGCGAUCCAUAAUGCGUCCAUGGGCCGUGCUCCCGUCCUGAUUUUCGCCGGGUUGUCUCCUUUCACCCUCGAGGGAGAGAUGCGGGGCUCUCGGACAGAGUUCAUUCACUGGAUACAAGAUGUCCCUGAUCAGAAGCAGAUCAUAUCGCAGUAUUGCCGAUACGUAGGUGAGCUCAAGACUGGCAAGAACGUAAAACAAAUGGUGGCACGAGCCCUUCAAUUUGCCACAAGUCACCCACAAGGACCUGUUUACCUAAUGGGCGCACGUGAAGUCAUGGAGGAAGAAAUCGAGCCUUAUAGCAUUGACCUGAAGAAUUGGCAACCUAUUGGACCUUCAGCGCUCCCAGAAGAAGCUGUACAACAUAUCGCCGAGAAUUUGGUGGCAGCUUCGGAACCACUCGUUAUAGCAGGUUAUAGCGGAAGAAACCGUGCGUCUGUCAAAGCUUUGGUAUCUCUAGCAAACACUGUGAAGGGCUUACGGGUUUUGGAUACGGGAGGCUCCGACAUGUGCUUUCCAGCUGAUCAUCCUGGUUGGCUGGGAACGAAGUAUGGAGCAGACGAUGCCAUCACAACGGCCGAUGUCAUACUCAUAUUUGAUUGCGAUGUACCAUGGAUGCAGACUCAAUGCAAUCCCAAACAAUCAGCAAAAAUUUUCCAUUUCGAUGUAGACCCAUUGAAACAGUCAAUGCUCUUAUUCUACAUUAACGCUCAGCAACGGUACCGUGUCGACUCUGAGAUCGCAAUUUCUCAGAUCACAGCGUACCUGAACACGACUUUGGCCGAGAAACUGGCGACUCCGGAGUUUGACCGUCGUUGGGAAAAACUUCAAGCAUCAUACCAGGAACGUAUUCAGAUUUUGGAUGAGAGGGCAAAGUUGACCGACAAGCUCAGUACAGCUUACGUCUGCUCUACAAUCCGCAAGCACCUUCCUCAAGACACGAUUUAUGCUGUCGAAGCAAUCACAAACCAUACAAUUGUUGCCGAUCAGGUCCGAGCUACAAUUCCGGGACAAUGGAUCCACUGCGGAGGCGGUGGUCUCGGAUGGAGCGGCGGAGGCGCACUUGGAAUAAAAAUGGCAGCUGAUGCUGAAGACGCAAAGAAUGGACGGAAACCACGCUUUGUGGUUCAAAUCGUUGGAGACGGCUCAUUCCUUUUCAGUGUUCCGUCCAGUGUGUACUGGAUUUCAGCACGAUAUCAGAUUCCAAUACUCACGAUUGUGCUCAACAAUGAGGGCUGGAACGCGCCUCGGAGAUCCAUGCUGCUCGUUCAUCCUGACGGGCCUGCAUCACGUGCAACACGAGAGGAGUUGAACAUCUCCUUCACACCGAGUCCAAAUUACUCCGAGAUCGCAAGGGCUUCGAGUGAUGGAGUCAUUUUCGCCGCUCGAGUUGCCGAUGCUGAGCAGCUACAGUCUGCUUUGAAGAGCGCUGUCCAGAGCAUGGAGAAUGGUGCUUCGGCAGUUUUGGAUGUCGCUAUAUAA